AUGUCGCGCAAUAUUCGAUAUCAUCAAACGGAUGUCAAAAUUGCAAAUCCCGACGUGUCAAGUGCGACGAGGAACGACCAUCAUGUGCGGGGUGUUUACGUCGCGAAGAAGAGUGUUCAUUUGUGGAAUUGGCAAGAAACGCUACUCCAAGUCAAGAACUCUCUGAACAAGAUGCACCGCCAAAUGAUUCAGAUUCAGAAGGAUUUCAAGCCCUGA